AUGCAUCCUGCACCCAGUCUGUCGGAAGCAUUUCCUAAAGACAGCAAGACUGAGGAUAGAGGCCAACACGUCCCUCAUCAACACGACCAGCAGCAACAGCAGCCGCAACAACAGUCGUCGGGUGGGCAUCAUCGUCAACCUUCUCAGCCGCAGCUUCAACAACAACCCCACCAAGGAUCACAUCCCGAACACGUGCAACAUGGGAGCCACCCUGCAUCACCAAGCCAGUCGGCGACACCCAUGAGGAAGGAUACGAGUUCUUCUACCUCGACGAUCGCCACCGACGCAACGGCCGUCUCCAAUGCCUCGACUGACACCAACUCGACGGCUUAUAGUGUAGAGUCGUCCCAGUCCAUCUUCUCGGUUAAAGAUGGGUCGGAGAUCUCGCACAAUCGUCGAGCUAGUCGUCGGCGGACGGGGCCGUUGUCAGCUCAGCAGAGAGAGAAGGCUGCGUUGAUUCGGAAAUUAGGCGCGUGCGCCGACUGCAGGAGGCGGAGGGUUGCUUGCCACCCCAACCAUCAUAAUAUGACGUGGGAAGAUGCUAUGCGGAAGUAUCGCUCGUCUAGCCCUUUGCAGGAUCUGGCUCCCCUGGCUGGUCGACCGAUCAGCCCCGCGCCAAACCAUGUCAGACAUCACUUCACCCAAGAUCCCCAGGAGAUGGAGAUUGACUCCACCCCCGCUGCUCCCAAUAACGCUCAGAGCACGCCAGGUCGUCCACCGCUCAGCGACGCGAGGAUCCGGACGCCUCUGCCUUCGGGCCCACGGCUGGAGAAGCCUAUGCCUAACUCUCCCUUGGCCGCUACAACGAAUCAUUACACACCCCUGCCGAGCAUCGAUUCGGUCAAGGCAGACCUAGAGAGCGCAGCUUCUAGGAUCCUCGCCUCACCUCACCGCAGUCGCUACAGCAGCGUUUGCGCGCUCCUAAUCUAUUGGCAGGAUGACGAAAGCCCCGGCGUGGCAUCCGCGGUGGAAGAGCUUGGCAUUGUUUUCGACAAGUAUUAUCGAUACGCGUUUGAGAUCCUCAAGAUUCCGUCAUCCGCUUCAGACGGCUGCACCAACUCGUGGAGAUGGCUCUCACGGAUCAUAAACGAAUUUACGGACAAGAGCGACACCAGGGACGUUCUCAAACUCGUUUCUCGGGAUCGUGCGAAGGCGUCGACUAUUCGAUGGAGCGGUAUCCAACAGAUUUUGGAGGAAGCCCGGUCAGAUACGUUGAUUAUGAUGGAUGCCGCAUACUACCCGUCUUCGAAGAUGGUUCGACAAAAGGGGGUGUUGGAAGUCAUCGCGGCAUCGUCUUCGGAGGAGUACUUUGAUGUGCUGGAUCGAAAUAGCUUCACCAGAACGCUGAUUGACCAGCUUCGGACACGGGCCACCCAACGAUUUCCGAAUCCGUUAUCAGCCGCCGAACUACAUUCGAAACUCCUAUCCAUCUACCCCAAGAUCAUCCAAGACAAACACCAGGAAAAGGGAUUACUACUAGGUUUCCCUUCGCCGUUGCACAUACAAAUAUCCGGUAACUCGAGAUUACCUUCGAUUACGUUAUCUCCGCCGCAACCGCCCCGGACAAUCUACAGCCCGGAGAAUCACCACGGCCCUCAAUUGACAUUUUCGAUGCGAUUGACGGAUGAGGCUCUCAACCUUGAGAGUUGGGCCGAAUGGCUUCGAAUGAUGCCUGAAGGGAUCAAAGAUAUAAAAGUCGAAGGUCCAUACACUACGUUUAGGUGA